AGAUUAUGUUAAUUAACGGAUUAGGGUGUUAAUUAAUUACUCGAGGCGCUCCUCUUCUUCCUCUUCUUCCCCCAUAUCGCCAUUGGCCCUCGCCUCCUCCUCCUCCUCCUGCGAAGCCAGUGCACGGCCCACUUCCGCCGCGCCCGCGCCCGCGCGCUGCGUCGGGGUAGGCCUAGGGUGGGAGGCGGCGCAAUGCGGAGGCCUUCGUCGGCGUCGGCGUCGGCGGCGGCGGGGGCGUCGUGCCGCCGGCGCGCGAUCGAGGUGCUCGCCGCGGUGCUCGUCCUGUACGCGGUGCUCGUGUUCGUCCUCGAGUCGCCGCUCGUGUCGACGUCUCUGUCGGGUGGUGGGGGAGGUGGAGGGGGAGGUGGUGGUGGCGCGAGGUAUCUGCGGCUGGCCGGGGGCGGGGUGCGGGCGGCCCCGGCGCGCCCGGCGAAGGAGCCCCGCCUGGCGGCGUCCGCGUCGGUCUCGGGGCCCUCCGCACGAGGGCGGCGCCUCUCGGGGAUGGUCUCUGGUCUCGACCUCGGCCUCCUCAACUCGUCCCGCGCCGGCCCGCUCCGCCGCCCGAUUGCCGGCGCCGUCGAGACGGGCGCCCGCGUGUUCGCGGAACUCGAGGACCUCGACACCGCCGCCUUCGAGUCGCCGUCCGCCGAGGGGGAGGCGGAGGCGGCCAAGUGCCCGCAGUCGGUCAUGCGCUCCGCCGACGAGUUCCAUGGGAGGGGCCGCGUGGUGGAGCUCCCGUGCGGGCUGACGCUGGGGUCCCACAUCACCGUGGUCGCGACGCCACGGCCGGCGCACGCCGAGGGUGACCCUAAGAUCGCCGUGCUGAAGGAGGGGGAGCAGCCGAUCAUGGUGUCGCAGUUCAUGAUGGAGCUUCAGGGGCUAAAGACCGUCGACGGCGAGGACCCGCCGCGCAUCCUCCACUUCAACCCACGCCUCCGCGGCGACUGGAGCGGCAAGCCGGUGAUUGAGCAGAACACCUGCUACCGAAUGCAGUGGGGCACCCCGCUCCGCUGUGAGGGCUGGAAGUCCAACUCUGAUGAGGAGACCGUGGAUGGGUUCGUGAAGUGUGAGAACUGGAUUCUGAACGCGGAUGAACGGUCCAAGGAAUCGACGACAACCUGGCUGAACCGGCUGAUCGGACAGAAGAAGGAGAUGAAUUUUGAUUGGCCUUAUCCUUUUGUGGAGGGCCGAUUGUUUGUUCUUACUAUCAGCGCUGGGUUGGAGGGGUACCAUGUGAACGUCGACGGGCGACAUGUGACUUCUUUUCCAUACCGUCCUGGAUUUGUUCUUGAGGAUGCUACAGGUUUAGCAUUGAGUGGGGACCUUGAUGUGCAAUCAGUGUUUGCGGGGUCUUUACCCACAACACACCCAAGCUUUUCACCACAGAGUUACCUGGAUAUGUCAACUGUUUGGCAGUCGUCUCCUCUGCCUAACGAACCUGUUGACAUUUUCAUUGGCAUCCUGUCAUCUGGCAAUCAUUUUGCUGAGCGUAUGGGUGUGAGGAAGACAUGGAUGUCUGCUGUCAGAAACUCACCAAAUGUGGUAGCUCGUUUCUUUGUUGCACUGCAUGGCAGAAAGGAAGUGAAUGUGGAGUUGAAAAAGGAAGCAGAAUUUUUUGGGGACAUCGUUUUUGUGCCGUUCCUGGACAACUAUGAUUUAGUUGUUUUGAAGACUCUUGCAAUAUGUGAAUAUGGGGUUCAUGUUGUCUCUGCUAGGUAUGUAAUGAAGUGCGAUGAUGAUACUUUUGUCAGACUUGAUUCAAUAAUAACUGAAGUCAACAAGGUACAAAGUGGCAGAAGCUUCUACAUAGGGAAUAUCAACAUCCAUCACAGGCCGCUACGCCAUGGGAAAUGGGCUGUAACUUAUGAGGAGUGGCCGGAGGAGGUCUAUCCACCCUAUGCAAAUGGUCCUGGAUAUGUUAUAUCUUCUGAUAUUGCUGGUGCCAUCGUGUCGGAAUUCAGAGACCAAAAACUGAGGCUCUUCAAAAUGGAAGAUGUGAGCAUGGGUUUGUGGGUUGAGCAGUUCAACAGAACAAGGCCUGUUGAAUUUGUUCACAGUACCAAGUUUUGUCAGUUUGGAUGCGUAGAUGAUUAUUAUACUGCACAUUAUCAAUCACCAAGGCUGAUGUUAUGUCUGUGGCAGAAGUUGCUAGAUGGAAAACCACAAUGUUGCAAUAUGAGAUGACAAUAGUUUAACUGGUAGCAAUUGAAUCAUACCGUACUGGCAAUCUUCAUUUAAUCAACAAAAGGGAUGGAUUUGCUGAUGUCCUUCAGUAGCCAUUUAUCACUAACUAUAUCUUUGAUGGUAAAUUAAGACUGCUUGAGACUGACAUGUAGAAAUUGAUUUCCUAGAUUACUUGAGAGUAGCCAGCUUAGUUUCAACAUUUGAUAAGCCAGUGCACUAUUACUCUCUUUUCUUAAAAAAAAUGGGUACAAGUUUUUAGGUACUGUAGAAAUGAAUGAGCAUCAUUCCUGAACAUGAAGAAGUGGCAAUUCAGUUAAGUUACUUCUACUUCUAAUACGACUCACUACAACGUGGCGGUUGUUCACAGCUUAUCUGGUGUGGUGAGAGCUUGAAGUAUAGGUUGAUUUUGUCCUGCAACCUGUCAUGUAAUUUAGUCGCUACCUGAAUGAACUAGUCUUUUUCUCCUUGACUAAUCAAAUAUGUACUCUUAACUCUUCUAUUUUUUAUGUCUACAACAAAGUAUGGUCUGGGAAAUUUCAUGUGAUGCGACAUCUUUAAAACUGCAAGCUUUCGCUGUUGCUUUAGUUCUUACAUGAAAGUCGUACCUUCACAAAUCGAAGGUGCUUAUGUAAUGGUUUGCUGUUUCUGAUGCCUUUAAUAAAUAUACUUUUUUCCACUA